ACUAGUUCAUCCGAUAUAUUCGGCGUCUCUUCCUCCAUUGCUCUGUACACUCCUCUCCGGCUCUCCACCGCAAACGCAGUCAAAUUCUGAACUCUCCCUCAACUGUGCAUACUGCAUACUCCUUCUCUGUUUCUCCUUCGACUUCCCACAAUCUCCGGCGAAAUCAACAAUGCUUCCAUUCUCUUCCACAAAGCCCUCAACUUCCUUCUUCCAUUUCCCUCCAUUUCUUCCCUCUUUCUUCCAUUCCGUUUCCCUUCCUCUCCUUCUCAAUCCCCCAAAAUCCUCCCAUCUCCGUUUCCUUCCUCUUCCUCUCCGCAUCCGCUCCAUCGACGCUGCUCAGCCUUACGACUACGAGUCCCAGCUCCUAUCCCAGCACCUCAAGUCCCAAUCUCUCAAGAUCGCCAUAAUUGGGUUUGGCAAUUUUGCACAGUUCCUCGCCAAAACCCUCUCUCGUCAAGGCCAUACCCUUCUGGCCUACUCCCGCACCAACCACGGCGGUGCUGCUAAAGAGCUUGGCGUCACAUUCUACACCAACCCACAUGACCUCUGCGAGAGCCAUCCUGAAGUUUUGAUUUUAUGCACUUCUAUACUCUCUUCAGAAAAGGUGCUCAAGUCUUUCCCAUUUCAGAGAUUGAAAAGGAGUACCCUUUUUGUUGAUGUGUUAUCUGUGAAAGAAUUUGCUAAGAAUAUUUUGUUGAAGUAUUUGCCACUUGAGUUUGAUAUUCUGUGCACCCAUCCAAUGUUUGGGCCUGAAAGUGGGAAAAAUUCGUGGGUUGGUUUGCCUUUUGUGUAUGAUAAAGUUAGAAUUGGGAAUGAAGAGGAAAGGAUAAAUAGGUGUGACAAAUUUCUUGAUAUUUUUGCCAAAGAAGGAUGUAGGAUGGUAGAAAUGAGCUGUGCUGAGCAUGAUAGGUACGCGGCAGGGUCACAGUUUGUGACUCACACCAUGGGGAGGGUGUUGGAGAAGUUUGGUUUGGAGUCCUCACCAAUUAAUACCAAAGGUUAUGAGACUUUGUUGGAUUUGGUGGAGAAUACUGCUGGUGAUAGUUUUGAGUUGUAUUAUGGGUUGUUCAUGUAUAAUCAGAAUGCUAUGGAGCAGUUGGAGAGACUGGAUAUGGCAUUUGAGGCUAUUAAAAAGGAGUUAUUUGGGAAGUUGCAUCAAGUUUAUAGGAGGCAGUUGUUUGGGACUGUUGAGGGAUCAGAGGAGCGGCCUAAGAUACAGAAGUUGCUUCAUAAUGGUGCUCCUUUGGAACCUUCUAAAGAUACAAUGGAACAAGAAAGAUCUUGAACAUAAAAGAAAUUCCUCUAUGGUACUAUUAAAAUUUUAUUUAUUUGUUGAUGAAAUAGUUUAGGAAUUUAUUGAUUAAAUUAUCUACUUGUUUUUAUGGUUCAGCUAGUUGUAGUAGCUCAAAUUUUGAGUGAAAAGCGAAUGCAAUUAUUGGAGAGAACUUAAGCUACAAUUGGUAGCAUGUAAUAAAUGAAUGGAAUAUUUUAUUAUGUCACAUUCCAUUACGUCAUAACAAAUGUAGAGUUAGUUCAUUCAUGAGUUCUACCUUGUAAAAGUUUUUUUCUUUUUUAUAAGCUUGAGAAUUUUGGAUAUGCUUUCAGUGAAUUGAGUAUUAUAUAUCCCAAGUGCAUAAAAAUGUAGUUUCUAUAAGCUAAUUAUGCAUACCAAAUGCUAUUAAAAAGCUUCAACACUAAAAUUAUCUUCUGGGGAUUGCCUCAUUGUGUUCACUAUUGCUGUUGUACUAGUUUUGCAAUUGGGUUGGAUUCAUUACUCAUUAGUUAGGUUUAAGAUGGAUUCAUUGAGUGUAAAUGCUUCCUUAAGAUCUUAGUAGCAUGCUUCUAAAUACUAACUAAUUUGAUCCACACUACUAUUGUUGCUAACUGAUCCAGCAGUACAAUAGAAUUUUGCCUUUACCUAAUGAAUGAAGGAUUUAGACAUUUAGUGCUAUCUAAUCUGCCGUUUCUUUAAAAUUUUACUUUUAAACAUUAGAUUCUGGUUCAAAUCCUUGUGACUCUAAUAAUGCUAAUUUUUAAGUCCUUUUGCAUAGUUUCAUGUUUAAACUCUUGGAUUCAAAAACCUUAUUCCAGUAUUUUGUUUCAUUUGUAACUUUGGCCGGAUAGAACACUUAUUCCAUCAUUAUGGCAUGAGAAUGCAUAUUUUUGACAAACCUAACGAACUCUUGGAUAGAACACUUAUUCCAUCAUUAUGGUAGGUUUUCUAUCUACUAGAAAAUUGUCGAGUAGUGAGGUAGUAUUUCGCGUGAAACAUGUGCUUGGGGCAUUGGUCGAAGUUGUUAGUUCUUUGGUUUCCUGAACAGUUUGAAUAGUUAUGCUGGGAAUAUUGAUAGUAGUAACCUCGAACCUGCCUGAGUUAUUAGGAGAGAGAAAUUAAAUGGUGGGAUGACAGUGUGAUAGCAGAAGGCUCAUAAAAAUUGAAUAUCUGAUCUCAUUUUAGACUUUCUCUACUCGUUUAUGCUGUUGAUGGUUCUCAAAUUACAUUUGGAGAUUUUAAUUAUGGAAAUACUCUUAAGCUCUGUUUUCUAGCUAUUGCAAUUCUUUUCUUGAUAGCAGGUCACAUGUAUAGGACUAACUUGUUUUUCUUAUUUAUUCAAUUUCAACUUUCAAGUGUUGUUAUAGUUCCUAUGAGCGGAGGAUUUUGGGACAGCACUUCUUUGAUAUCUUGAAUUAGUUUAUGUCGUUCGGAACCUUGUAACUUCCAUUUUGUUGUGCCCUUUUCCAGUAACCUUAUGGUUAGACCUAGGGCUGAAUAUUUGGUCAAUUUCUUUUGUUUGGUAAAAAUAAAUCGGGUAUAUAUGGAAGUGUUUUGAAAAUAAAAUCUGAACUGAACCGAGUCAACUAAAAUUCAUUGGUUUGGUUGGUAAUUCGUUUAAAAUCAAGUAAUGCUAAAUCUUAGAACAUAGUUACAUCAGAGUCUUUCUGGCCAAGGAAAAAUGAUUGUUAAGGGGCAGAAAUGAUAAUGCAUCACUCCUUUUUAUUCAAGCCUUUUGCAUUUUAUCCUAAGACAUGUAGUACAUUCAUUCUUCUUGGAUUAACAUGGAUCCCAUUAAAUGACAUGGAGAUCUGAAAAUGCAUUCAUUGAACUUCAAGCUGGUCUUGGCUUGUUUACUGCAUUUACAGAUGGGCUUUCACAACCGUUUCAAGCUGAUUGGGCUUCAUGCUGAUACACUAUCUUCUGUUUGGUAGUAGGUUUAG